AUGGCUGGUCGCCUGGAGAUCUGCGUCGAUUCAUUCGAAUCCGCAGCAAAUGCAGUGAACGGAGGGGCAAACCAGCUCGAGGUCUGCAGUGCUCUCUCAUUGGGUGGCCUAACACCUUCUAUCGGAUUGGUCCGGCGUAUCCGCGCAGCGUUUCCCGAUAUGCCCUUGUUUGUGAUGCUCAGACCUCGUUGCGGCGAUUUUAUAUACAGUGACGACGAGUUCUGUGUGAUGCAAGAAGAUCUGCGUUCCAUGAAACAAAUCGGAGUUGCAGGAUUUGUUUUUGGUAUUAUCGGGAGUGAUGGAGCUCUGGAUACCGUUCGUUGCAAACGUCUAAUACAAAGCGCUCUCCCUGCUCCUUGCACUUUGCACCGAGCAUUUGAUCUUAUCGAAGAUUGGAAGAGAGCCGUUAAAGAAGCAAUAAGUUUGGGUUUUAAGACGAUUUUGACUAGUGGCCAGGCUCCGACCGCUAUGGAUGGUUUGACGCGAUUGAAGAAAAUUCGCCAGGAAGCUGACAACAAAAUAAACAUUCUCGUCGGUUCUGGAGUGAAUUCCAAGACUUUGCCAACCCUACUAUCUGAUACGGGUUGCUCGUGGUUCCAUGGAUCUGCCUCUGUUCCUGUAGAGCCGAAGGCUGUUCGAAACGGUUUAACGAUGGGAACGCAUGACACUAACAUGCAGCGGGUUACGGACAAGGAGGAGGUCAGCCGAAUGAGAGAACAAUUAGACGCGUUCUUUGGCUCACUUCCUAUAGUAACUCCGUAUUACUAA